AUGCCAAAUGGAGAAACAACUGGAAAUAUAAUUGAUAUUGGUACUGAGAUCGAGAAUAUAAUUAGAAAUUCAAUUGAAACCGAUGUUGAUGGUGAAUCGAAAAUAAAUAAAAGGCAGAAAACAACAUCUUCUCCAAAACGGAAUUUAUUCAUCAAUAAUUUGAAUAUUAGUAAUAGCAUUGAUAAUUCUGUAAAGAAUAACGUAACCAAUAAUUCAAAAUUAACUCUGAAAUAUAAUAAAGAUACUGAUGUUGAAUCUUUGAGAAUGAUAACGUCUUCCAGGAAAAAUGCUAAUAAGUAUAAGAGAAUGUAUACAAUUCAAUCUGAUAACGAGCUUAUCCGAAAUUGUCAAUCUUGGAGUGAUGAAGAAGUAUGCAAUAAAGACAUUUUAAGUCGAAGAGGUGCUGAACGUUGCGAAGAUCACAUCAAGGAUGAACAUCCUAAGGAAUACUUUUUAGAAAAUAUUAUGGAUUGUUUAAAUCCAAAUCACGCCCCAGUUAGAAAACUUCUCGCUAAAAAGAAGGCCACUCCUAACGUUGUAGAUAUGAUUAGAACGGUUAAAGAAACUAACAAUAAAAAAAGAACACAAUUUGAAGAUUAUGCUCUAACUUUUGCCCACCUGGGAAUUUCUUUUUCAAUCUGGGAUAAUAAGGUUUUCCGUAAGACACAUAGUAAAUUUAACCAAGGCUUUUCACGUAAACAUCACAGAAGAAAGGCUUCAGCUUUUGUGAAGAUGAUUUCAAAAAGAGUUGUACAUUUUUUUCAAUUGAAACUUAGUGAGGACCAUAAUUUUAAGUCUAAAACAAUAUUAAAUUAUCCUCUGGAUUCUACAAAUUUAAAAAGUGUCAUCUUAAAAAGAUUUUCAGAUUUGAAGUACUCAAAACCUCCAUAUGUUAGCAUGGAGACAGAUGAUUGGAAGUCCAAUACAAAACUCUCGUAUAAUGUAGUAAUUCUCAAUUUUACUACUGGACAUUACAACAAAGGAACUUUUUUGGCAAUGUAUGAUAAGAUUGAAUCAAAAACAAAGGAAAAUCACAAAAUAAUACUACUCUCUACAUGUAAAAAAUACAAAGCGAAUAGAUUAUGGACUAAUACUUGCACAGAUAAUGCUUCUUCGAUAUUACAUUGUACCACUGCUCUAAUUGGGAAUCCUAAGUAUCCAAUUUAUGCGGGACAUAUUGGGUGUUUAUGCCAUAUAAUCAAUCUUGUUUCCGAGCUAUUCAUAAAGUGUAUAUCACCAGAGAGAGAAGUUAAUAAAGAAUAUGAUCCUACUUCUGAUGAUAAUUUUAGUGAAGGAUAUGAUUCUGUUGUAGAAUUCGGUUCCAGUGAAGAAUAUAUUUCCAGUGAAGAAGAUAGUUCCAGUGAAGAAGAUAGUUCCAGUGAAGAAGAAGACUCCAGUAAAGAAGAAGACCCCGAUGAAGAAGAUGAUUCUAGUGCGGAUAAUGACUUCAGAGGUGACAAUUCUGGGGAUAGUGAUUUGAAAAAUUGUUCUAGAAUAGAUAUAUCUGAGCUGGUAUCUAACCCUUUUGAAGGUAAACCACCACUCGUUAUUGAAAGGCUAAAUAAUUUUAAUGUUGAGUUAAGGAAAUCAGAGGAAAAAAUGUCGAUAUAUGAAAAAUAUGUAAAAAAACGGAUUCCGUCUUUCAUUUCUAUAAGAUGGAAUAUAAAAUACGAAAUGCUGAAAACAUUUGUUAACCAUUAUGAAGAUAUCUCUGCAUUUUUUGAAUUUUGCAGAAAUCAAGGGAAACCAAUUCAAAAUGAAUUGAACAGGAAAGAUUUUGAAAUGGCUGAAUUGUUACUCGAUAUAUUGUCGCCUUUUGAUAGUUUAACUAAGUUUAUGUCAUCGAACAAAAGUCUGUCACCUGUUUACAUUCGGAUACUGGUUUUUCUAAGGAAAACUAUAAAAGAAUCGAAUGCUAAACUUAAGGAAAUGGGAGACACAAUAUCCGAUUUCUCACCAGCAAUCUCUUUGGUGGACAAAUACCUAAAACAAGCAAAAUAUAACUUUCCUCUGAUAUAUGCGUGUUCAUUAUUUUGUCCAUUUGAAGAUGAUGUCUUCCAUUAUUAUAGCAGCCAUUACAAUGAAGAGUUAAAUCCAAUUAAUGAAUUCACUGAAAUUGCAAUUCAAUUAGGCAUGUUUGAUUUUGAGGAAUCUGCGUCUCCAGAAGAAAUUCCUAAGUAUGAGUUUAUGUUGAAAGAUGGACCAUAUGUAAAAUCAAAGGAAGAGAUAUCUGCGUGGCAUCGAAAAUACAUAAAAGGUAAAAUACAAGAGGAAUUAAGUGGAUAUUUAAAUUUUGUUAAUAAGAGGUAUUUUGAGGUUUUAAAAAGCGUGUGUAGACGGAAGAAAGUUGAAGUUGAAAAGGUGGAAGAUAGUUAUCAUUACAAAAAGAUCAUUGGGAAAAAAGGAGCCAUGAAGUCUAGAAAGUUAUCUAAAUGUGAAAUUUAUAUAAUUAAGCUAAUGACUUACUUGGAAUUGCAGGAAACUUAUCGAGUUGAAACAAGCAGGAACGGAAAUGAACUAGGGAAUCACAUAUAUAUACCUGUGGUAAUGGAUUAUCUAAUGUCUUUUACUGUGACGUCAGUUAAUAGUGAGAGAUCAUUUUCCAAAUUCAAGAUGACAUAUAAUGACAAAAGACAUAGACUAAACGAUGACACAAUGUUUUCCCUAGUAAAUUUAAACUUUAUAGAAAAUUCAAAGCUAAAUUUGGACAUAUACAAAGACUUUGAAACUACACCGUUGGAUGAAGUUUGCAUUACUUUAAAUAGGUCCAGUAAAUAG